AUGAAUCACUCGUCUCAAAAGAAAUCACAAAAACACAUCUUAAAUAAACUGAAAUCAUGGACGAAAAAAUUGGUGACCCCCUCAAAAGCCACCCUCAAACAUAAACAACCAGAAUGUAAUAAUGCGAUUCCACAAGUAACCCACCUUUCAAUAGAAAAUACUUCCGUAGAAUUAAGAAUAAAUGGUGGAGGUUCAAAAAGGAAUAGUCGAAAUUUAAUAUGGAGUGAAACCAUAACCAAAAGUAUUACUAAUGAUGCAUCAUCGGAUGGUGGUGAUAAGACACUGCCAACCUUUGAACAACAAAAACCUACGACGAGAAGGAGUUCAUUCUUCGCCAUAUCAAGGUUAAAUAGUAGAUUAAAUUCACGAAUUUCCCGAGUUAGUACUCAACAAUCUCAUAGGCGUGGAUCCGAAGUUACCACUUGUACUUUACCUGAAUUGGCUGAAGAACCAUUUGACAUUGAUUUUAUAUUUAAUGAUUUUGAUGAAUUAAAUGAGAUUUAUGGAUUGGAAGAAUCCGACGAACCUUACGAUAAUGAUUUAACUGAGGAUUACCUGAACGAUCCAAUCAACCAAAAUGAUUUAAACGAUUUUCCCGAUUUGCCCCACGAGUUGGACACUUUUUGGGAAUCGUCAUUGUCAUACCAAACUUCAUUCUUAUCGCAAUUCAAUGCCACUUUACUUUGCCCACCUUCAUCUUCUGAAAGUCCCUUACGUGGUAAUGUCAUGGAAAUAGAAUGUAUGAUAAAUCAUUCAAACUUGAAUGUUUGCGAAAUGUGUCAUUCUCGGUUACCGAGUCCAUCAUCUCGUACAUCGCAAUACAAUAAAUCAUCCGUAAUGUCCGAUUCUUAUAAAAAUAUUUUACCUCCUCUUGUAAAUACUCAACUGACUUUACUGAAAAGACAUGAUCCGGAUUAUAUUACCGUUAAAAAUAUGUUUUAUUCUGAAAUACCUCGUGCUAUAAUCAAAGCAAUUAUCAGGUUGGACAUGCCAACUAAAUUGGUUAAAGAUCAUGAAAAAUAUAAAAGUAAAAUCGCUAAACUUUAUGAGAAAAAAAGCGUUGAUGACGUAACAUUCAGCACCUUUCACGGCACCACCACGUUAUUUGACUGUGAUCCCGGUCGAUUUGCGGAUUCAAAUUAUUGUUCUCUUGAGAACAAGGUGUUUUGUAAAAAAGGUUGCGGUAUGUGUGGUAUCAUUCAACAUGGCAAUCGAAAGAAAUUUUCAAAGCAUGGCAAAAAAAUGUGGUUCGCUUAUAGCGCUUUAAUUUCUCGUGAUUAUACGGAUAGUAAUAGUUAUACCAAGGUUAUGUUUGUUAUUGACGUUGUGGCAAAAGAACAUAACUGGAUUCUCGUGGUUAACAAAAACAAGGCAACCCUUCCAAGGUUCAUGAUCAUAUUUGAGUGA